AUGACGCCGACCCUGGCGGACAAAGAAGCCUUUUUUAGUCAACUGGAUGAGUUGGACUCGGUAUCAGAUGAAUCUCCAGAAAACCCCGACGAUUUUGAUCGGGUGCUGCAGAGUGCCACACUUGAGCUUCAGCGGGUAUCGAGUCUACCGGUUUCGAGUCCCCCUCCUUUAGAACCGACCAGUCCGACGCCCUUGCUUCCUACCCCGCGGGCUUCUCCAGAGGGGACAGGCGAGCCCGAGGUGGCAUGUGCCCGCAGCAUCCCAAACCCGCGAGCGAAUGGACCCCUCACUACGGAUACCAUGACGAGAGGCACCAAGACGGGUGCUUCGAGAGGCAGUCGGAAGCGCAAGGCUUGUGCGAGAACGAUCCCCGAGCAGCAGCAGAUCUUCAAAGGGCUGGUAUUCUUCUUCUUCCCCAACAGUGACGUAUCGCCUCUACGACGGUUGCGCAUUCAACGGGCGCAGGAGUAUGGGGCGGUAUGGGCGAAGGACUGGGGGAAUCGCAUCACCCAUGUGAUCGUGGACAAAGGGUUGACAUUCCAGGAAGUGCUGAAGCACCUCAAACUUGAAUGUUUUCCGUCGACUGUUAUGCUGCUCGACGAGAGCUACCCCUCCGAGUGCAUCAAGUUUCGAUCCAUCUUGAGCUCGCACCACGCCCGGUUCCGUAUCCUCGGUAUGUCUGUGGAGUCGGAGCCUGGGGAAACAAGACCGGGUGGUGAAGUGUCGACAGGCGAUUCGCUCCCAUUGAAGCCCAGCGGCAGGGAGCUACGGACGGCGAUGACGCCCCCUGAGCCUGACAGCCCCGCUGGAUGGAACUUUGAUGUUUCCCGGUCACCUGCACGCGGCGGCGUGGCAGACGAGGCGGUUCGCUCGCGGACCCCGCCGCCACGAGACGCUCUGGAUGAGAUGAUCGAAGCAGCACAGUGUGCCCAGGAUUUGCCCUUGGAACCUCUAGAGGUCUUCGAUGACGAAACGGCGAUGGGUGGAUCAGACUCGGAGUGCUCGGACACCCACUCGACUGGGCCUAAACGGAGGCGAUUUUUCCCGGAGGCUGAUUCCACCGUGGACGCGUGGCAGCAGAAUUUCAUAUGCAUGCAAACGCCUGAUCCGAAAUUGACAGCCGACGGGCCCAAUGCACGGACCAUCGAGAUCCUCCAGAAGAUGCUGGAUUACUACACCAAGACGGACGACCAGUGGCGCUCGAUGGCCUACCGCAAGGCUAUCGGCGCUCUCCGACGACAGACCACGCGGAUCGUCACUCGGAACCAAGCCCUCUCGAUCCCCGGGGUGGGGUCUCGGCUGGCGGACAAGAUCGAAGAGAUAGCAUUCACGGACCGUCUGCGACGGCUAGAAAACACAAACACCACAGCGGACGAGCGGAUCUUGCAGCUGUUCCUCGGGGUGUACGGGGCGGGGAUCGUGCAAGCGUCACGAUGGCUGGCGCAGGGGUACCGAUCCCUGGCGGACCUUGGGGGGCGGGCGCCCCUGACGGCGAACCAGCGGGUGGGGGUUGAGCAUUACCAUGAUUUCGCGCAACGGAUCCCCCGGGAGGAGGUGGCGGCACAUGGCGCCAUGGUGCGAGAUGCGGUGCAGCGGGCGGACCCGAAUAUGCAGGUGCUGAUUGGGGGCUCGUACCGGCGGGGGGCGCGCGACUCGGGGGACAUUGACGUGCUGAUCACGAAGCCGGACGCGAAAGCGGGUCAGAUCCGGACGGUCAUGGUGGAGACGGUGAUCCCGGAUCUCUUCCGGUGCGGUUUCCUGCAGGCGAGGCUGGCGACAACGACAGCGGCAGAUGGUAGUAAGUGGCACGGGGCGUGUCAGCUGGCGGGGGGCGCGGCCUGGCGACGGAUCGAUCUACUGUUCGUACCGGGAUCAGAGCUGGGGGCGGCGCUGAUCUACUUCACGGGGAACGAUGUGUUCAACCGGAGCCUGCGGUUACUGGCGCGGCGGCGGGGGAUGCGGCUGAACCAGCGGGGGCUGUAUGGGGACGUCAGGCCUGGGACCCGGGGGCGGUUGGUGGAGGGGCGGGACGAGCGAGAGAUCUUUUCGCGGUUGGGGGUGCCCUGGCGGGCGCCGGAGGAUCGCGAGUGUUGA